AUGCAACUAAUCAAUCUCUCCGCAUCAUUGCUCAUCGCAAUAUCCUAUUUCUUCAUAAAAAUUUACUCAAGAGUAUCAGAAACUGAACUUAUCGAUCAGAAUAAUGAGGUUGUUGCAAAAUUAAUUUCAGGGUUUGAUAAGGAGGGUCAUAUAUUAGUUGGGAUUAAUAUGCUAUUGGAGCAUAUACGCAAUGUAAUACUGCAGGAUGAGCACCUUAGGGUCAAGUUUGGCGGCGUCAGUAUCAACGAUAAUUUUGAAACUAUCAAUAUCCUUGCUAAUUUAUUGGAGCAUGAGAUAUACACGAUAAACAAAGCGGUUCAGUCUUAUAAGUAUAAUAAGCUGCUUCACAAUGUAAAGAAGCUAAAAUCGCUUUCAUUGCUUAACCACUUUUCCUCUGAACUCAAAUCAACUAAUGAUUUUAGAGCGGCAUUGGAAAAAAUCCAUGGGCUAGUAUAUAUUGAACCGAGCUAUUUUUUGGAUAUAUUUAAAAGGGAACAAAAUAAUGACUUCACACAAGGUAAUAAUAAUGCCAUGAGAGUCUCUGGAAUGGAUACAAAUUCGCUGCCUGGCAAUGAGAUGAUCGACAGAAAGGAAUUGAAUUACAUCAUUGAGAGUGACCUAAAUCGAAAACUCGUGGGUGGAAACCCAGAGAAACUGAUUAAUAAUGAUUAUAUGAUGUUGAAUGAGUUGUUUGGUGAGAUAAAACAAACGGAUGAAGGAAAUGAGCAUUUAAAUUUGACAAAGCGUUGGCGAAUUAUCUCCGCAAUGUUUGAAGACUCUUAUAUGACUCAUGAAGGGAUUUCCAAAUGGCAUUCCAUGUUAGGAGUUGAAUUAUUUUUGGCGGCCAAUGGAAACCCACUUAUUCUGGGGCAGUUUUUGUGGUUUGAAAUAAUAUACAGUUAUUUUGACAAAUUUUUAGGAAAUGCCGAAAGGAAAUUGUUCACUUGGGGUGAUAUUUUACAUGCGAAUGGCGAUGUUAAAUAUGAGAUGGUUUAUGAGAUUUGCGGAAUAAAGAAUUCUAAGAAUAGCCGCAUUGAGAAACGAUCAAAGAAAACUAAACCAAACAAUAAUCAAGUUGGCAUUCACUGUCAAGCACUGGAACUUGUAAUUGAACAAAUAAACUAUUUGGAGGCUAUAUACCAAAAUCACUUUUCCUCCAAUACUAAAAAUCAGGAAAUUUGGGCCAAUUCUACAACUAAUGCCAGUUCUAGUGCAGUUAAUAGUAGUUCUAGCUUCCUGGACUUUUCUUUUUUUAGAUCUCAAAAAAAUGAAAAGCCAAUGCCACAAAAUUCUUGGUACUCCAUCUACCCCUAUAGGCUUUAUGAUACACACUAUAACAAAGAUGUGUUCAAGCAUCCAUUCACCCAAACUGAACCAAUGACUUUACAAGCGGUGAUAGACUCAAAAUACAAUGGAAUAAAUCAUAAAACUAAAAAUAUGGACGAUCCCAGCAUAUCAGAAAGAAAUGAUGACCAGUCAAACGGGCCUUUAUCAUCUGACAUAACCGACGCGCUGCAAAAAAAUAUCAACAAGGAAUAUUCCCCGCCAUUUCGACCUAGAAACAACAUAGUUUACGAGAAAUUGCUGCUUGGAAAUAAUAUAAAAUUGCUUUAUACUCCCGAGGAAAUAUCUGAAACCAUUUCUAAUGAUGCUAACACUUUUUUGACUGCUUUGUAUAUGUACAGAGAAGAUCCAAUUUAUGCAAUGUACUACCACGAAUACAUUGCACUAAGUUUUGAGGCUAUAUAUAACACCGAUAAUAGUGAUUCUAGAACAUUUUACAAGUCAUUUGGAACUAAUGUACGAUCUUGCCUAGAGCUGCUGGCUGGUAAAGAAGUGUCAAAGCAGGUUUCCGGUAAAUUAUCAUUGAGAAUACACCAUAAGAAGAUCCCACACCUGUUUAGUUCAUUCGACAAGAGUAACGAUACCAACGCCUACUGCAAAGAUUACAUUGGUCUAGCCAUGUUCUUCAUAUACAAGUCAAUCGGAUAUACUAAUUUAGAAAAGUCUAUGCUCUUAGUUACCCCUCGAGGGAUUUCACCAAUGAAUACAUUAUUAACUACGAAAUCGUACCUGCUAAGGGAUGCAGUAAUGCUGGACAAAAAUUGGUUAGCAGUCCUUUUAAUGCUAAGGCUUGUUACUCUGCGUAAUGGGACUGAGAGUUACAAUCAUAUGAAGAACAAAAACAUGGAAUUUUUUAUUAGUGCCCGGAACUUUUGGAGCAAUAAAAACGUGGAAACAGCAGUUGUGACCCGAUACAAUAUGUACUACUCGGAGUCUCCUUCUAUCUUGUUGGAAAAAUCGCUAAACAAUUGCACUCUUGAGAGACUAUUAACCAGCAUCAAAUUUCUACUUCACUACAACACUUUUAUGACACUUGACCGUUUCUCACAACGUGUGGACAAUUUAACGCUAAUAGAAUCUAUGAACAAAUUUAUAGGCGCUUGGACCGAAUUCGGUUAUGAAAAGUCAAGGGAGGAGAUAUUGGCCUCCAGGGAAAAUAAGCCCAACGACAACGAUCACGGAAAAUUGUUUGAUUGGAUGGACAAGGAUUACAUCAAUUUGGGCAACUGGAACGAGCAACUUUGUGGUUUACUCCAAUGGUAUCUAGAACGUUUCUUAAAGCAGCCAUAUAUACAGCAAUUGAUUGAGAUGAAUAGGCUGGCGCCUAACUUGUAUAAGCUGCCGAAUCAUAUACAAUUGGCCAUAGAUUCGCUAACCAACCUAAAAUUGGCCGAGAAAAAAAUGUUAAUGAUGGCCAGCACUACAGGCAAGAAUAAUAUGAUCUUAUGGUACCCAGUGCAAAUUGAUCACCAGUCCGUUAUGUACGUACUGGAAAACAUUUCUUUUGUGGGCGAAAUAAUGGGCCAUGUUUUUGAUGAGGAACUACUGGACCUGUCCUUUACCAAUAUGUGCAUGCGCUUGCAAUAUUUGGCAUACUCUCACUACUUCCAUUCCAUAGGAAGCAAUCUGGAUGAGGUGUCUGCAUUCGUACAUCCCUCCUACAGCAGUUAUUCAUACUACACCCGUGAAUUUGAAUUACAAAAAUCAAUGGCGUCUAUGCAAUUCACAAACGUGUGGAAGUUACUAUACCAAAUUGGGAUGUCGAUAAUUGUGAAUAAAGAAUCUUUGUCUCAUGUGGAGAAUGGAUUGGAUACGGAGAUGUGGAAGAGAUCUUUAUUUGAUCCGAAAUCAAUUCAGGACAUGAUGAAGCUAUCAUCUGGCAGUACUUAUGAAUCAGGAUUGCUCAAAAAUUUUUUCUCAAACACCAAAGCAAGUGUCAAUAAACUUUUAAAAAUUGGUUCAACCGUUUGGCUUGCCCAUACUUCAAGUUUCACUGGGCAUUUGUACAAUUAUAUGGGGUUUAGGAAACUUGGCACUGGUAUAAUGGUCCUUUCCCCCUACUAUGCAUACAUUGUUAACCAUUGGAACAAGGAUGUUUUGAAAAAGUCUACGCUCGAGUUUAAGAAUGAAACUAACCACGCUUCGACAAGAAACCCUACCAACUCUGGAAACACCUUGCAGUUGAAUUUAUUAGAUAAAAUGAACACAUUGAAGUUUCUUAGGAAUAAAAAAGCGCUUCAAUUUAUUUCAAAUAAUAACUCCCUAACGGGAUACGGCAAAAAUGCGCAAAUUAAGGCGAUCAGCCCACACAAUAAGUUUGGCAGAUUUAUGUCAAAGAUAAAAAUGUUGAGCGUGUUCAAAUCAUUUGAUUGGAAUAGUAUAAAAUCUUCAAAGUAUAUUAGAAUUUUUAAGUUUAUUUCAGGUCUUGUUGCUUCAAUAGUCGUCAUGUAUUAUUUAAUGUCUCAUUUAAUAAUGAUCAUUCUUGUAUCUGGUUCAGUGGGAAUCGCCUGGCUUUCCUACAAAUAUAUCAAUAUUUCACCAUUGGGCUAUAUCAAGCGGAAAAUGCUGUCAGGCAGCUAA